AUGGUGUUCAGUGUUGAGCCUAGUGAAACGUUCUGGGAAUCUCCCAGCCACCCGUAUGAAGAUGAAGCGGUGGCCUCUGUGGAAUCGUAUUCGCUUAUGUUUUUUAUUAAAUUAUUAGAGUUGACCAAUCGCAAAGAGGAUGAAGAGUACACCGUUUCGCUUCAUUGUGUUGGUGGUGGUGAUAGUGUGACCGGAACGUUGGCCGAUUUGAACACCAAGAAACCUGGUGAAGUUGUGAGCUUGCAAGCCGAUAAGGACAAGUUUGUUCGUUUCUUGAAAGAAAAUUCCAUCAAUGUCCGCAUCAAGCCGAACGAUUCAACCGUUUACAAGGGAGUGUUGAAGCUGAAUGGUUCAAAGGUAAUGGACUUUGAGCCAGACGUCGAAAGUUCUACACCGGUCGAAGAACAAUUUCCCAUACACGAUGAAGCGAACGAAGUAGUGGGAAAGAUAACGAUGAUACUGCAAGUCGUCCACAACGCUUCGACUGUGGAUCCCUUGUCUAACGCCGACGUUAUUUAUCGCAUCAAUGACAGCAAGCUUAAAUCGGCCGAUAAACGAGAGGCAGAGUUGCGCCAGCUACUCGUUUGCACCGAAUGCAGCAUGCCAAGGACUUCCAACAAUGGGUCAGGAUGCGAGUAUGAGAUUAUUGAUGGAAUAUUGCAUCGCAAGGGCAUAUCCAGUACGGAGAGGAUAAUCGAGCAGAUCAAGGAGAAGAUCAAUCGUGCAAAGCUGGAUGAAACUUUCGAUCAACGGGAUUCUAUUUCUAACAACGGCAAUGAUGCGAGCUGCAAAUUCUGUACGGAAUGCGGCGGAAUGACAAUAACUGGAGAAACUUGCAAAGCAGGCGAGCGUCCAAGUCGCCCACGAUCGUCGCACAAGGUGCCGGAAGACCGAUAUAGUGCAUAUGCUAUGGAAAAUGCUUCUACUCCAUCUGGACAAACGAAAAAUGCUUCAAAGAAUGCGAUUCGCUGUUGCGAUCGUUGUAAGGCCUGUUUGGAUUGGCUGCCGACCGAGUGCUGCUGUCCGAAGUGUGGAUAUAAACGAUCAAAUGAGAACACUCCGUUGAACCCCACUUUGCCACAAUACUUCAGCAAUACGUCCAAGGUAGAACCACUGCCCACCGGAAAAGCGGCUUCUCUGCAUGAUUCGGACACAAUAGUAGCUUCCUCAGCAUCGUGUCAGUUGUGUCAAAUUUGUCAAACACGUUGUAUCGAUUGUGCCAACCAAAUUAAUCAGCAAGGAAACUCGAGGACUUCAAGCUCUUUUAUUUGUUCUUUCGUGAAGCCCAAACCCGGGAUGGAGCCAAUGCAAACUAGCUCUAGACCUAUAACGCGACGUCCUUGGCGUACCGGUCGUCCAUCACACGGACCAAAAUCGACUCCCGCAAAACUACAAGGAUCGGCUGGAUGCAAACGCACUGAAGAGAUGAAACAGGUCUAUGGUGGAAAAGGGGGCAAAGAAUGCAAAAACCAACCACAGCCUGCAACAAACGGCAAGAGUCGCAUGUCUAUAGGACAGAUUCGGAAAAGCUAUAAAGCGAACAUACGACAGAUUAAGCGCCAGAAUCGCAAACUCUACUCUUACCGUUUCGGAAAGCGUCAUCCGGGUAUUGUGGUUGGACAUCGAACCUGUAUGAGACAGGACCCUCUCGUUCCACCUCAUAUGGGUUGGCAGUGGGACAUCUGUCCACCGGGGAUAGGCAAACGACUGCCCGGUUGGCGACCGGGUGCAGUGCGACAGCCCAUAAGGCAAUUGAUGCAACACUUUCUCAAAUGCUAUCCGCUGGACAAUUUACCCGUUUCAAAGAAAAAAUCCGUCGGUUUCCAUACCGAUGGUACGACACAGGAUGACCAAAAGCAGAAGCCAACACUUCACAUCACGAAGCAGAACGGUGUGUACUCGAUAACGAUGAAUCCACUGAAGGAUUCGGACACGCUCAAAACAACCGACGAUCCCUAUCUGCCAUGUAAACCGAUCAAGUUCAAACUUGCCAAAGAUCCGCACCGUACCAAGCUGUACCAGUUGCGAGACAUACUCAAGCGCAAAGGUCUACCACUGUGCGGGUGUAAGGAACUAGUCAAUUGUGAGCAUUGCACCGAUCGAGAGAAACGGAUUAUAAAGGAGGAGAUACGCCGCUCGGCAAAAGUGUUGGGACUGCCUGUAAAAACCUCUAUCAGCGAUGUGCCAAGCGGAAGUGAAAGUGAGCUUGACGUAGAGUUUACUCCACCGUCAGCCAUUAUACGGCCGGACGCACAUAGGCCCGACGUUGCCGUGGCAGAAACGCAGUACAAUGUUCAGGACUUCCAGCUUAAACCGGAUGGGAAGGACAUUAAAUCGAAAGCUUCCAACCGUGGCGGAGUAUCUAACCAUGGAAAAGGCGAUGCUGGCUCUAGGCCAGCUAACGCUCUGGGUUCGAAAGCUGUGACCCAAAAAGGAGGUGCCGUAAAGAAGAAGGACGGAGGAAAAGCUGGAGCACCGGAUGCGGCAAACACUAAAGUUCGCAUAUCGGUCGCGCAAGCCAAGGGUUCUGGAGCAAAGGGGAGCGAGCCCGCCGGAAAGGACAGUAAAAACACGGACGGGGCUGGCUUGUCGCGGGGCACCCAAGGACAGCAGGGACGACCAAGGCAGGGUGGAGCUGCUGUUGGAGAAGGUACGGGCGGCGGCACCAAUCAGCGCUCCACCAACGGUAAGAACACCGGCAACAGCAACAGCACCAAGGUUCACGUUCAGCAGCGGAGUACCCUGUCAAAGGGGAAGCCAGGCGGAAUGGAUAGCGCGUUAGUUUGUCAACGAAAUCUGGUUGGACCACAGCCACUGGUGGUGGGAUGUUGUCCAACCGUCACUUACUGUUGCUAUCCAGCACAAUGCAUACCUUAA